AUGGCUUACAAGAACUCCGUCAUCAUCACUGGUGGGACCAGCGGCAUGGGCUACCACGCAGCCCUGAAGAUUGCCAAGGAACACCCCGAGUAUCUGGUCGUGAUCGCCUCACGGUCCGACAAGGCCAAUGCCGCCGCCGCCAUCAACAAGGCCCUCGGCCAGUCCAACACCAUCUUCAUGGCCCUGGACCUGGGCGACCCGGCCAACGUGCGGCGCUUCGCCAAGAACUGGAUCGCCGACACGACGAAGCCCCAGAUCCAGGCGCUGGUGAUGAACGCGGCGCUCCAGUUCCCCACGACCCUCCACCUGACGGACGAGGGCAUGGAGAAGACGUUCGCCAUCUCGCACGUCGGCCACGCCAUCCUGUUCCACCUCCUCUGCCCCUACCUCGCCACCGGCGCCCGCGUCGUCCUCACGUCGAGCGGCACGCACGACCCCGCGCAGAAGUCCGGCCUGCCGGACGCCGAGUACAACUCGGCCGAGGAGCUGGCGUACCCGCCCAAGUCCAAGCUCGAGAUACCCGGCCGCAAGCGCUACUCGACGACCAAGCUCUGCAACGUGCUGUGGACGUACGCGCUGGCCCGCCACCUGGGCCAGCGGGCGCCGGAGCGCCGCAUCACCGUCACCGCCAUGGACCCGGGCCUGAUGCCCGGCACGGGGCUCGCCCGCGAGGGCAACGGCGUCGAGCGCUGGCUCUGGAACUCGGUCCUGCCCCACCUCCUGGGCCUGCUGCGCAUCAUCUUCAACCCCAACGUGCACACCCCGGCGGAGUCGGCCGCGGCGCUGGCCCGCCUGGCGGUGUCGCCCGACGUCGAGGGCGUCACGGGGAAGUACUUUGAGGGGCUGAGAGAGAUCGAGUCGAGCGCCGACAGCUACGUCGAGAGCAAGCAGGAGGAUCUGUGGGAGUGGACCGUCAACUACGCAGCCGAGGGCGACGCGCGUGAGGCGGAGCGGUUCCAAUCGUUGAAGUGA